AUGCGAGUGAGACGCACUCCUGCUGUGACGUCUCUCCUCUGGUGGACAGCAGAAGUGUCUCGGUUCUCCAGCACCUGCUCAUGUUUCCCUGGUUUUCUCCCUGCAGGCCUUGUGGAGCACAGUGAACUGGAUGAGAGGGCCCUUGAAGCACUGAAAGAGUUCAAUGAGGAAGGUGCACUGCAAGUUCUUGUCCAGUUUAAAGAGAGUGACCUAUCCCAUGUGCAAAACAAAAGUGCCUUUCUCUGUGGAGUGAUGAAGACCUACAGGCAGAGAGAGAAACAGGGGACCAAAGUUCUAGAUUCCACAAAAGGUUUGCUUGAGAGAACAGGCUACACCCUUGAUGUCACUACAGGUCAGCGCAAGUACGGCGGCCCUCCGCCAGAGUCUGUCUGCACAGGUGCUCAGCCCUCGGUCGGGACAGAGAUCUUUGUGGGGAAGAUCCCGAGGGACUUGUUUGAAGAUGAGCUCGUGCCUCUGUUUGAGAAGGCAGGGCCGAUCUGGGACCUGCGUCUGAUGAUGGAUCCUCUGAGUGGCCUGAACAGGGGCUACGCCUUCCUCACGUUCUGCACUAAAGAGGCUGCACAGGAGGCCGUCAAGCUAUGUAACAAUCAUGAAAUUCGCCCGGGCAAACAUAUUGGCGUGUGUAUAUCAGUGGCAAACAACAGACUCUUUGUGGGCUCCAUUCCCAAGAGCAAGACAAAAGAACAGAUUGUUGAAGAGUUUUCCAAAGUCACAGAGGGUCUUACUGACAUCAUCCUUUACCAUCAGCCGGAUGAUAAGAGAAAGAACAGGGGCUUCUGUUUUCUGGAGUACGAGGACCACAAAACAGCAGCACAGGCCCGACGGAGGCUCAUGAGCGGGAAGGUGAAGGUUUGGGGCAAUGUGGUCACCGUCGAGUGGGCCGACCCUAUUGAGGAUCCUGACCCGGAGGUCAUGGCAAAGGUGAAAGUGUUGUUUGUCAGGAACCUGGCAAACAGCGUCACGGAAGAAAUACUUGAAAAAGCUUUCGGCCAGUUUGGCAAACUGGAGCGAGUGAAGAAACUGAAAGACUACGCCUUCAUUCACUUCGAUGAGAGAGAUGGAGCGGUCAAGGCACUGGCAGAAAUGAACGGUAAAGAUUUAGAGGGGGAGCACAUUGAGAUUGUGUUCGCCAAGCCACCCGACCAGAAGCGGAAAGAGAGGAAGGCGCAGCGUCAAGCAGCGAAGACACAAAUGUAUGAUGAUUACUACUACUAUGGGCCUCCUCAGAUGCCGCCUCCUGCCAGGGGCCGGGGCAGGGGUGCCUGUCGGGGCGGUUACUCCUACCCACCAGACUAUUAUGGCUAUGAAGAUUACUACGAUUAUUAUGGUUACGAUUACCAUAACUACAGGGGCGGCUACGACGACCCGUACUACGGCUACGAUGACUUCCAGGCGCCCGCUCGAGGCAGAGGGGGGCGCGGCGGGGCCCGAGGCGGGGCGUCUCCGGUGCGCGGCAGAGGGGCCAGCGCUUCACGGGGACGGGCGGGCUUCCCGCAGCGCGGCGGCGGGCCA